AGAUGAAUAUAUCAUUAUAGCAAAAUGUUCCCACAGUAAAAAUCCAGAAGAUGUGAUCAUAGAAAUUGGAUCAACAAAUAAGAUUGUUUAUAUAUCAGGCAUUUUAAAUGAAAUUCCUUCUACAACAAACAGUACCUCAAUAAACAAAAGUAUUUUCAAAAAUGGGACUUGGUUUGAGCAUGUAAUUUCACUUCCACUAA